AUCAUACGUCGUAUGAGGCCUGCAAAAUAAUUUUUUCAUGGAAGAUUUCGAGAGGAAGGUGACAAUUUCAGAGGAAAUGGAAACUGGUAAUCCCAAUAUCAAAUCCUUUGGAGAAGAUUCAAGAUCGAGCAUCCUUAUUUUGCUUCGUAAGUUUCUCUCUAUUCAGCAACGAAGAGCCGAAGCUUAUGCCAAAUUACGCGAUGGUUUUGCAGAGUACAUGAUCUCAGGGAAGGAGUCAACUUACCAACAGCUUUGCAGUGAGAUCACAGAGGAGUUCAGUGAUUGCUCUAAACAAGUCCGGGAGAUGGAAUCUCAAUUUCUGAAGCCUGACUGCUUUAGAGAUGAUCUUGCUCGAUUACUAAGGGCUGUUCAGGAACUGGAAAAGCUAAAACUUCAUCUGACUCUAAUAAUGCAGGUGUUGAAGAAGGCUGGGCGACCAUCAGAACGACUUGUAACUCAUGAGAAUUGCAGGUUUAAGAAGGCAAUGCAUCAUGAGUGUGUGCAUGUCCAGGAGUUAACUGAUGCUGCUGGAACUGAAGAAGCAGAAGCAGACGCAGAGUAUGAUAAUGCUGUCAAGGAAGCCAUUGUAGGCGUGCAGGAGGCUGUCAUUUCUAUAAAUGAACACUUGGAAGAAGUUAGGAUUUAUCUAUGAAUGGAAAAGGGGUGCUUCGGAUCGGGAGUAAUCACUGGUGAUAGGGAAUAAAUAGGGUGCUAACCUCACUGAAAGGAAUUCAACGAUACCACUGUAAUGCCUCAGUUUGAAUCAAUAACAUAGAACACUAGCCAUUUGUAUUUUCCACUCAACCUUUUGUGUACAAUAAUUUUAUUAUUGGGGACAAAGUAACUUUUAACCAAGGUGGGUGUGACUUUAUCUAUGUUGAUUAUCUUUGUAAAUUAUAAGGGAAGUUUUUGUCAUUUACUCCCUAACAAACUAGAUUUGUCACAUUUGACGGCCCUGUGCUAUGCAUAAAAAUUAUAAUAGCAUUACGUGACAAAUAAAAUGGAGUAUUAAAUAAAAAUUAGCGAAAGAGCUUUA